CAGUUGCAAUUUGGUUUGUUUUUAUGUAUGUAUGAAUGAAUAUAAAACUUAUCGGAUUUUUCGGCGCUUAGAAAAAAUGUAAUUUAACGUAAUCUUUAAUUUGUGCAGAGGAUCAACGUAUUUCUUCUGUUUUUGUAAAAGAUGACAGACGAAAGGAAUUUUCGUUCGUCGUAUUAUGAAAAAGUGGGAUGUCGUGGAGUGGAAGAAAAGAAAUCGUUAGAGAUUUUAAUGAAGGAAAAACCAUGGGAUAAAGUGAAAUUGAAGCAAUUCUGCUUACGUUUUAUGGUGCCUGCGUCUUAUAGGAAUUUAGUGUGGAAAGUGCUACUAGACAUAAUCCCAGUGUAUGCAGACUCGCAUCAAUUUGUGAUGGAACAACGUAAGCAGCAGUAUGGAGACCUGCUGUACGCUGUAGACAUGCUCACAUUGGUGGACAUGGCUGCACCAAGAACGGAGAUACUCUUAGCAAUGUGGUUGUUAGAAAAUGAAGAAAGGAAACCUCCUUUUUUCCCUGAAACUAACUUCAAUUCAGGAGAUACUUUUAUUCCCAUUGCAAGUACACUAAUGGAGUUAUAUGACAAUGAGGUUGAUGUGUACUGGCUGUGUAAGAGUCUCACAGAGAUAGUGCGUAACAUGCAGAAAGAUCUUCCAAAGCUGAAGGAGGCAUUCCAAAGUAUGCUGGAAAAAGAAGAUGUGGAACUCUUCAACCAUCUUAUGGAGAUAAAUGCAAUGGAUGUUCUACCUCUAACAAAAUGGUUUAACUCCUGCUUUGCCGGUGUUCUUGAUGUUACUUCAUUGCCAAAGAUUUGGGACAAAGUGUGUGGCGGAGCACCAAAGAUUCUGUCAGUUGUGGCCGUGAUGCUAGUCAUUACACUGCGCAGGAAUAUCUUGAAAGCUCAGAAUGGAGAUGAAGUUCUUAAAUGUGUCUCUGAGAUACCAGAGCAAUGUGAGGAGGUGGUCGCCAACAAGGCGAUAGAGCUGUGGCAGUACGCUCAGCCACAAAACGAUCAGCUCGCAAAGAAAUGAUGUAUGACCUUCUAAUGGGGUGGACCCAUUAGAAGUAAAAAGUGUUAUUAAUAUGAAGAACCUUGAUAUAACAUUAACAACAAUCUUUUCUGUAGAUGUGUAAAUCAGCUCACAUGACUGAGCUAUUGAGCUGUAGCUCAACAACAUUAUUAGUACACAUCUUAACGCAAUGUAUUGUACCUAGUGUUGGACUAAAUUGUUUCAUCCAAAAUCGAACUUUCGGUCGUAACCGAAACGCAAACCAAAACAGAUUUAAGAUGCACAGUUCUUAAUGUCUCAAAUCGUUCUAAUCAAUAUACCACUAUUUCCAACAGACGUAAAAUUUUAUUUUACUUAAAAAAUUGUAAAACUAAUAUUUUCGAUUAAAAUUGAGCCGUAGAAACGCAAUAUAAAUCACGAACAAUCCAAUUUCGGGUGCGCCCUUCGCAAUUUUUUGUGAUUUUUAGUGAUCCAUGCACUUCCUUUAAAGCUAUGAGUAAUGACCACGCCAAAAAAAUUAUAAUAAACACUUUGAAAUUACUCAUUUAGAUUAGGAGGUUCUAUUUAGAAUGCAAGUUGUAUGGCUAUAAACUCUUUAAACUUAAUUAAACGUGCAAUUGUUUCUGUCUACCAUAUAAUGGCUAAAUUAUGUAAAGUUUUAGACUUUUUAAUAUAAUAGAGAUGUACUGACUUUUUGCAGUAUCAUAAGUUCAUUAAAACAUUUUAAAAAAAA